AUGAGUGAAGCUAAUAUAACUCAAAUACUAUGUGGACUUCAUGUGGCACAUAUUAUUAUAAAUAACUUUGAGGAAACAGCAUUUGGAAAGUUGCCUAAUAUUAGUGGAUUUUUACAAAAAGAGCUCCCUGCAAAUCUUUUAUAUUUAGUAUGGGACCUUCAUGAUGGUUAUAAUAAAUCUGAUAAAGACAAACCAAUGGGCAUUC